UUCAACACAAAGUACAAUGGCCGCCAAGCUGAUCCUCGUCCUCUGCGCUCAGGCGCUCUUCGUCCAGGUGGCAUUUAGUCAGUGCCUUGGUCGUGCUGCUAUCCCUGCCCCUGCCUUACCCUGCCCUACUGUUGUUACACCGAGCUGUGCUGGUAACGGUGUGAUUGCUAAUGGAUGGCUCGGUAACGGCCUGAUUGGUACCGAAUGGAUCGGUAACGGUCUGGUUGGUAAUGGAUUGGAAAUCGUCCCCACCAGUGGUGGUGGACUGGCAGUAAGCAGCACCUCUAGCAUCGCUCCCAGCGGGCUCUCGCUAGCGUCUGAGAAUGUGUUUGAGGGUCCUCUGUCCGUGGCUGGAGAGCUGCCGUUCGUGAGUGCUGUGGCUCUGGAGGGCGCGCUGCCCAGUGCUGGUGCUGGCGCCGUCAGCUACAGCUGCGGUAACGGUGUCACUGCUAUCGAGAGCAUCGCUCCUUCUGUUGCUGCUGCUAUUGCUCCUGCGGUAGCAGCAGCGGCUCCUGCUGCUGCUUAUGGCGCUGCAGCACGUUACGGUCUCACUGGUUAUGGACUGGGUGCUGCUGGCAUCUCUCCUGCCGCUCUCGGACUCGGCUGGAAUGGAUGCGGCUGUGGGAUGUGGUAGAAAAGUAAAAAAAUAUUGUUCUUUUUGUCUAAUACUUACUCAAACAAAUAAAAUUAACUUUGCAUAUGAUUAAUUGUUUUAAACUAAACAUUCACCUGUGAUUGUCUCGGUCCGUAUAAGAUGUGAUAUUUUGCUGCAUCAUGACAAUAAAAGGAUGACACAACACAUUU